CCAAAACAACAUUAUACUCUACUCUUAUUCAUAAAUAAAAGCACACCAAUUACCAAUGCAAAAGAUUCUCUGGCAGCCAUCUAUAGCCCAACGAUGACUCAGUAAUCAUCAUGCUACUGUUCGGAGCUAGUUCUUUACUUUCACUGCACCGGACGCCAGGUACUUUUGUUCUCCAAGAGUAUGUAGUAUAUAUACUAUAGUAUAUAGUAUCGUGUCAAAUUCUUAUAGUUUAGCGUGAAUUAAGGUUUUACCGUGAUAUUCUGACAGCCAUGCCACGACAGUUCCACUUUGUAUUAGAGACUGUGUAUAUAGCCCUCCUUAUCCGACAACACAUCAUAGAAGGCGCUCAUUGACCACUCCGAUUUGUAGAUAUAUUGUAAGCGUAUAAAAAAGUUUAAUAUUAUAUAAACGGAUAAGCGACUAUAUUCUGGAUCAUGCAAGAGCGCCGCCGAAGACUUCGGGCAUAUCGGAAGUCACGCAGAAAAUUCUCCUGCACCGUUUACGGCAUCACCUUGGCCUGGCUGGUGCUGGCCCUAACCCAGUGGUUGGCUGUCUGCUUGCUAAAGGACUUCCGAGAUAACGUCAACAAGUAUUAUUGGAUAAGUUUGAUAUUCUUUAUUUCUGCUAUGCUUUUGUUCACGAUGUUUAUAUUCAUCAAGAGGCUGCGAUUCGUGCUCUGCCUAAAUUGGCUGCUCAGCUUACUCAUUGUGGAGUUUCUGAUCAUCGGACUAUUCGCGCUGUCGGCGCAAACUGAUUGGAAAAACUUGAUCGCAUGGUUCCUCAUCUGUGCGCUCUUGACAUAUCUGUUCAUAUUAAUCGGAUCCAUUUUACCGGUUAUCAACAGCAAAAAGUCAACGCCGUCCAACACUACAGAUUCAUAUCAUUCCAAAGACAGAAGUUAUGAAGAGAGCACGACCACAACUGAGUUAGUUAUAAAUUGGGGUUGAGUUGACCAAAUAGAAGGAUGGAAGGCACGCAUUGCCAACAAUUUUGUUCCUGGGUUUAACUUCAUAAACUAAAAAUCGAAUGUCU